GGAUCCCACCCUGAAGGAUCUUUCGCAGGCUUAACACUGGGGCCGUGACCGAGAGCGCUUAGCAAGUCCGAUGUGUCUCUGUCGCCGCUAGGUACGCAGCAAGUAAUUUGACAUCUUGAGCCUUCAAGGCGGGUGCCACGUCUAUGUGGGCUUCGUGCUGUGGGCUGCUGAAUGAAGUCAUGGGAACCGGAGCUGUCAGGGGCCAGCAGUCAGGAUUUGCAGGAGGAACUGGUCCAUUCAGAUUUACACCAAACUCUGAUUUUUCCGCUUACCCACCAGCACCUACAGAAGGGCCUAAUAUAGUUUGCAAAGCCUGUGGACUUUCCUUUUCAGUCUUUAGAAAGAAGCAUGUAUGUUGUGACUGCAAGAAAGAUUUUUGCUCCGUUUGUUCGGUCUUACAAGAAAAUCUCCGUAGAUGUUCCACUUGUCACUUAUUACAAGAGACGGCCUUUCAGCGCCCUCAGUUAAUGCGACUGAAAGUGAAGGAUCUACGGCAGUAUCUCAUUCUUAGAAACAUACCGAUUGAUACCUGUCGAGAAAAAGAAGACUUGGUAGAUCUGGUACUGUGUCACCAUGGGCUGGGCUCUGAGGACGACCUGGACACGAGCAGUCUGAAUUCCUCAAGGUCCCAGACUUCUAGCUUUUUCACACAUUCAUUUUUUACAAACUAUACAGCCCCAUCUGCUACCGUGUCUUCGUUUCAGGGAGAGCUUAUGGGUGGAGACCGGACCUUAGGAUCUGGAGUGCUGGCACAGGUGCAAAGUGAAAUAGCGUCAGCAAACACAGAAGAUGAAGACGACGACGAGGACGAGGACGACGAGGAUGAGGACGAGGGUGAAGAAAACUCGGAGGAGCGGACACCUGGCCUUGCUAAGAAGAGAGUGAGAGCUUCUCUGUCUGACCUGUCAAGCCUUGAAGAUGUGGAAGGGAUGAGCGUGCGCCAGCUCAAGGAAAUCCUGGCUCGGAAUUUUGUCAACUAUUCUGGCUGUUGUGAAAAAUGGGAGCUAGUAGAAAAAGUCAACCGGUUAUACAAAGAGAAUGAAGAAAACCAAAAGUCAUAUGGCGAGCGGCUGCAGCUGCAGGACGAAGAAGACGACAGCCUGUGCCGGAUCUGCAUGGACGCCGUCAUCGACUGCGUCCUGCUCGAGUGCGGGCACAUGGUCACCUGCACCAAGUGCGGCAAGCGCAUGAGCGAGUGUCCCAUCUGCCGGCAGUACGUGGUGCGCGCUGUGCACGUAUUCAAGUCCUGAAGCCGAGGGCCCCCCAGCUCAAUCCCAGACAUUUCUGUGCACAGAAGGGACUGGAAACUUCCUGUUCAAAAGCUGAAGCUAUUUUUAAAAAUUAUUUUCACUAUUAACUGGGGACGGGAAAGAUUCAUCCUAAGUUGCGGCAACACUGGUCCAUGCCGUUCGCCUGUCAGCUGGAGGAUGGGCUCAGUUUCCCAGCUUCUGCUGGGCUUCCUCACACCUCUCUGAUCACUAAUCGCUGAAGUCAGACUGCUUAUGGCAUCAGCUACUGCUCUCUUUGGAGAACAUUUAUCCUGUUCUCUUAUUUCUCCUUCAUCCUGUUUUUAACUUAAACUACUCAGAUGUUUGAAACUUCUGUUCUCUUUGGAUGGGUGAGAUCACUGUCUGCAAAUGGCCGACAUGGUACACGCUGAGCAGUGGCACCUCUGAAUGUUCAUUUUAUUAGUCAUGUAUAUUUUAAAUGCUACUAUUUGAUGAAUGUAAGUUUCCACAUUGUUGCUAUUUCUGCGUUUAAACGUAAUUGGGAACAACUGACAUUCUAUAGUCAACUGCCAGGGCCUUAGACUAAACAUGUCCAUUUUUGUUCAGGUACAGCUUUUUAUAGCAAGGGCUGCAUCUAGCUUCCUUCAUUAGAGAAGUGUGUGUGUUAAAUUCUUUGUUAACGUGUAAUCAGUUUACACUGUUUUGUAUAGUGAAAGUGUAUUUUCAGUGCUACCCGCUAACUAAUUUGAACUUUAGGAAUAAAAUUAGAUUUUAAAAAAUG